AUGCGUUUCCUACUCUCUCUCCUCCCGCUCCUCCUCCUCCUCCACUCCCUACCCUACUCCGCCGCCGCGCGGAAACACAACCCACACAACAACCCAAUCAACUCAUCCCAUCUCGUCCGUUCGUCGUGUAGCCACGCCAGCUACCCCAACCUCUGCAUUCACUCUCUCUCCACCUACGCGGGCCCCGCAAACACCCCUCGCGACCUGGCCCAGGCUGCCGUCAACGUCAGCCUCUCACGAGCCCGCCGCGUUUCCGGCUACCUCGCCAAACUCUCCAACUCCGACCAGGGAACCAAACGAGAGCGUUCCGCGCUCAGCGACUGCAUCGACCUCAUGUCCGAGUCCGUGGACGAGUUAACCCGGACGCUCGACGAGUUGAAGCACCUCCAUGCCGAAACGUUUCGGUUUCAGAUGAGCAACGCCCAGACUUGGGUCAGCGCGGCCCUCACAGAUGACGACACGUGUCUUGAUGGGUUUGAGGAGCUUAAUGUGAAGGUGAAGGCGGAUAUGAAGCGCAAGGUUACGAAUGCGGCUAGGGUUACUAGCAAUGCGCUGUACCUGAUCAACCGCCUCGAUGAAAGCCGUGGUCGGCCCAGAUCUAAACCUUGA